AUUGCCGUUCGCCAAAUAGCGCCAAAAGCGUUCCCUCUUAAAACCACCCUUAAGCCCCGCUUGAAAGCACAAAAAAGCUCACCUCCGUUUGCAAGAUUUGUGACCUUCACGUGUCAUUUUCGUUUGCAGUGAAUCGAAAAAAAAAUCCCGCAAGGUGCGCCAGCAUGAACCCAAGUGAAAAAGGAGCCGGCCACGAUGGGCAGCCAUUAAAUCAGCCCCCAUAUCCAACGCCUCCCUACCCAGGCCAAGUGCCAGCACCCUCCAGUGGGUAUCCUCAUCCAGGCGCGGGAGGACAAAACUACGCACACCCACCACCACCCCCACCGUACGAUGCCAACUCCAAUGUCAUCCCACCGCCACAAAACGCCGCAACGACCUACGUGCAGGUCGUCACCCGACCGCAAGUGGGACCGGAUCCGGCCAGUAUGGUGUGUCCGUCCUGCACCAAGCACGUCAUCACCCGGUUGGACUACGAAACCUCUACCAAGACGCACAUCGCCGCGGGUUUGCUCUGUUUGUUCAUAUGUUGGCCAUGCUUCUGGAUACCGUACGUGAUCGAUUCGUGCAAGAACGCCAACCACUACUGCCCGAACUGCGGCGCUUAUAUCGGAACAUACCGUGGCUAGGGUCUCUGCGUUGCCAUGCGACAUAAACCGUCAUCGUUUUGCCUUGCUCCCCAAAAACCACUAUUGUUAUGGUAAUCCUGUAAAACAGCUGGCCAGCUAUCACAGCCAGCAAGCAUUGUGAUGUAAUUUUCCCAAUUUGUUUCCUCUGCUUCUUCUCCUACGCUGGACAACGAGGAAACAGACUACGGUCGGCUGAGAAAAGCAAGGAGGAUGGGCGGUAAACAAACCACCCAAAAAAAAACACAAAACAAAAUGAAAGUGCCUACUAUGAUGACUGCGUGUUAGCGCCAUAUUGUAGCAAGAGAGAGAGAGAGAGAGAGAGAGAGAGGGAGCGAGAGAUAGCGAGUGAGUGAGAGAGAAAAAAUAGCGUACGCAUAUAGGCUGGUCUAUUCGAAGAUGACUGUUACUGUUCUUAUUAUUAUUAUUUAGUGUAUAUGUAUAUUGCUGAUUUCGUGGAACGUGAAAGUUGCAUAAUAAAUCUAUGUACAUUAGCCAUCCCUUUUAACACAACUGCAGGGUGUUAGAUGCGUACUUAGAACUGAUAUCUCUAUAUGGUUU